AUGGCGUUAAUCUAUGCGAAUGCGGUCAAUAAACGCAUGAAUAACCCUAGUUUGAAGUCGAAGAAGAAGCAGGCGCCCCCAUGUUCAUAUUUAGAUGAUUGCCAAACAGAGAGUGCAAGAGAAGGAGCAAAGAGAAGUUCCAGCCGUGAAGUGACGCCGUCACGAAAAACAUCGUGUAGCGUGUCGCCAAAUAUUCAAACAAAAUCUUCUGACGUCGCUUCAGAAUCACAGACGUCAGCACAAUCUCGUCACCGUUCAGUAUGUCGGAGUAAAACGAGUUGUGGUGAGCUGUCGAAUAGGGACGGUGAUGAGGAUGUACCUCGAAAAACGUCGCAUCCGGCCAUCUGCCAGUCUGCAAGCCAAGCUCUCAACAGAAGACCGACUGCUGAGAAAAGAGCUCAAGCAAAGAAGAGUCUCAUACAGAAAUACAAUCUUGAACAUGGAUACGAUGAACAUUUACACCACUCCGAGGACCGAAGAAGGAGCAUUAGCCUUGGACCGGACCAAUGGCGUGAUCAGAUUACAGGAUCGGCGGAAAAACAGAAAAAGGAUGGUGCUUUCCAAAAAAUGAAGAGAAAGUUCAGUAAAUGGAAAUUGUCGGGACGUACGGAGUAA